AACAAAUCGAUAAUAGCUUUCCGUGCCGAUAACGCUCACGCAAGCAUGGUUAACGUCCCUAAAACCCGCCAGACUUUCUGUAAGAAGUGUGGCAAGCACCAACCCCAUAAAGUGACACAGUACAAGAAGGGCAAGGAUUCUCUGUAUGCCCAGGGAAAGCGGCGUUAUGACAGGAAGCAGAGUGGCUAUGGUGGGCAAACUAAGCCAAUUUUCCGGAAAAAGGCUAAAACUACAAAGAAGAUUGUCCUAAGGCUUGAGUGCGUUGAGCCCAACUGCAGAUCUAAGAGAAUGCUGGCUAUUAAAAGAUGCAAGCAUUUUGAACUGGGAGGAGAUAAGAAAAGAAAGGGCCAAGUGAUCCAGUUCUAAGUGUCAUCUUUUAUUAUGAAGACAAUAAAAUCUUGAGUUUAUGUUCACAAAAAAAAAAAAAACAAA